CUUAAAAAUGUUCUAAGCAGAAAAAGGAGCUAAAUCUACUUCAGGAAAUACAGGGUAAGAGAUUUCUUUAAGUUUAGCUUUGUGCCAGCAUAGGAUUUCGAUUAAGAUUUAUUAUAAAUAUAAGGCAAUAGAAAUCAUAUUCCAAGUUUUGCAUUUAAUAAUUAUAUAUAGAUUAUGCUGGUUUUGUUCCUGGUAUAAGAUCUGAAAAUUUAUUUGGAAAAACUUUUGGGAAAAUCACUCUUUUAUCUAGUACAAGAUAACAUCAUUAAGGGUAAUAAAAACUAAUGAUUAUUGAAAUCUAGAUCUAAUUUACCAGCAGAUUUAAGAUAUACAAGUGAAGUAAAGGAAGCGUAUAAUGAUUAAACUCAUUAUAGAAUGAAAGAUAAAUUAUUAUAUGGAAAACUUGAUUGUGAAACUUCUGUAAUUUAUAUUUCAAUAUAUUUAAAGAAAGCUACAGGAUAUUCAUUAUCAAACUAAACAAAUACUUAAUAACCAAAGACAAUUAAAGCCAGAGGUAUUUAAGAAUAAGUAUUGUAUAGUUGAUACAAAGGAGAGAGCAAGUAAUAUGAAUUAUUAGGAAGCAUUAAAAUAAGCUGGAAAAUGAUUAUAUUAAUUAUGAGGAUUUAUAAAUUAUCAC